ACCUGUCAUUGCCAUCUGGGUCUACUUGACGAUGCUGGCGCCGAUGGUCCAAGACCUCGGGGCAGUUUACAGCGAUUUGUGUGGUGGACAUCUGGGUUUUGUGUGGAGCGUGGACAAGCGACACGUCGUGCACUUUGCGCGGACGCAAGGAGAUGGUUGGGAGAAUUCCACCGGAAGUUUACAACUCCGCGGCAUCAGCGAAGCCAUUGCCUUGGAUCCGGCGCAGUUGCAGACGGCGGAGCUGGGACUGUGGCACUCGGAUGUCACCAGGUUGACCGACAGCGAAACGAUGAGCUUGGAUGAGUUGGUGGAUCAAGGAAACCCCUACUGUGAAGAUCUUGCAACUACUGGACCCAUGUUGAACCUUCUGCGAGAUAGUCUCAACAACCAGAGCAUUGCAAGUUGCGCAGAUGUUCUGCCAUUCUGUGACUCCAUCUCGAAGAUGCCCGAGUGGGAAGUGGAUGGCGGGCAAGGUUUUCUAACUCGAAUGCUUUGCUCCGAAACGUGUGGAUGCUCAGACCCCGGAGGCGCCUUUGUGCACGUGCAGGGCUGCCCCUAUGGCCGCAAUCGUCCGUGUCAAAGCUCCGCCAAGUUCAAAGCGGCUGUACAAAGUGCCACCUGUGAGGAAAAAUCCGCGGAGGAGCUGAGGCAAUUUGGACCUUGGAUCAGUUGGAUCAGCAAGCUUCGUACGUUCGGGGAGACACCCAGUAGAAUUUUACUUGGACAGAAUGAGUCUUUGCUGCUGGCACAGGCAAUGUGGGAUCAUGGUUGCGACUUUGGGAACAACCUGUCAGCGCAGAACAUCACGUGGGGUGAAUGUACCGAAUGGAGUUCUGCCCUGGGCUGGGACUUCAAAACCCUCGAGUUCUUUUGUCCAACGACCUGCAGCUGCGAUCGCGGCAAGACGAAUUCGGCGUGUCCACAGCCGCAGGGUAUCACGUGCGACGAGCUGCGCGACUGCGUGUUGAUUGAGAACGCCUACGCUUGUCGUGGAGAGGUCCCAACACUUCCAGGAUCCUUGGACAUCAACAUCCCCGACGACACCUUGGAGCAGCCGCUGAUUCUGGCGCUGCAGUCCUCGCUGGCGGCGGCCGCCGGCGUCAGCGCCGCCGCGGUGAAGGUGGAGCUGCCACCGCCGCCGCCGGGGCGACGCCUGAGGGUGCAAAGCUUCAACUUUGAAAUUUUCCUCGUGGAAGCAGAUCGGAAGCAAGUCGAAGACGCUUUAUCAUCCACUUCUUUGGACAGUAUCACGGCUUCAUGCCAGACGCGGUUGCAAGAACUCUUGGAUUCAACGGAGCUAUCGAUGGUGUCAUCGGUGUCGCUGCAGUCUUUAGAACUCUUCUAGUCGGGACCGUCGGGACCUGAGCAGUGUCAAGUGUCACCAGUGUCCAG